GCUGUUCCCUCUUUGUCCCCACACCCUGGGUAAGAAUUGUCACCUUACUAAAGUAGCGUGCACACUCCUCUGGAGCUGGACUGGGAGCUGAGUGGAGAAGAAGCCAGGACUCUCACUAGACCGUGAACCACAGUUGCUGCUAUGGCCGGAAAGCCCGUGCUUCACUACUUCAAUGCCCGGGGCAGAAUGGAGUGCAUCAGGUGGCUCCUGGCUGCAGCAGGGGUGGAGUUUGAAGAGAAGUUUAUACAGAGUCCGGAAGAUUUGGAAAAGCUAAAAAAAGAUGGGAAUUUGAUGUUUGAACAAGUGCCCAUGGUGGAGAUUGAUGGGAUGAAGCUGGUGCAGACCAGAGCCAUUCUCAACUACAUCGCCACCAAAUAUGACCUCUAUGGGAAGGACAUGAAGGAGAGAGCCCUGUAUGUAUUUCUUGUUUUUUCCCCAGUGGGAAACAAGGGAAGGAUCUGGGUUCCUCUUUCAGGGAGCAAGAGAGUGGCAGAGUUUGUGUCUAUGGUGGUUCUGGGUAUUAAACACUUAGGCCAAGGAUGGCAAAUUUUGUACAGGGGAGGGAAGAGCAGAUUGGAUGGGUUCAGGAGAGUGAGACUACAGCAGGGGAUGAUGCUCAAAGCACAGCACAGGUACCCAGCUGCAACCAUGAGGGGCCACAGCUCCUGAGCUUGGUGGAAUCAU